AAAGAGUGCCGCUCAUCCUUUCUGAAUAACCCCUGUGUUUCACGGUGAUCGAUGAGGCUGUGAAUGCUCAGUUGACCGCAGCGGUUCGCAUUAAUAUUAUUGCCUACGAGGCAUUCUCUAUAAGCUAUAAACCUUACCGACUCAUUCCGUGGAACUAUCUCCGUCAGAAAGAUUAUAAUCUAUCAAAAUAAUUACACUGAUUUAUAUUCGGGUGCAUCAACCUACUUAACAAUGGCGGGUGAUGCAGCAACGUCGGCUGAGCCUGACUCCGACAGCAGUUGGUCGACUUCAUCUACCUUAUCUGGUGGUAUACGAACUCCAUCGUGUAGUAGUCUUUCCUUUUCCGUGCCAGCCACACCCCAGGCAACAAGCGAGCGACGUGCAAUAUCAGCCAAUGCCAUAAGCUCUUUUUUCAACUCGACUACUGCCACCCCAUCCGGGGGUGCACGCUUGUCCAACGUAUCCUCACCAUCUGAGAGUCAGUCGGGUGGCCAGCAGCACGAGCCAUUCACCAUGACAGCUGCUGGCCCAUCCAACGCUGAAGACAUCCGACCCUCAAUUGAGCGUCGCUCCGAAAGUAUAUUCUCGGAGGCUGUGAGGAAUCUCACUUCACGCACCGUCCCGCCUUCACUCUCCUUCACGCCUCCUCCCAACGAUAACCCCACUAAAAGCCAGGAGAGAGCCAAGAGUACCGGUCCGGCAAGUCCUAGUAGUGAUGAUAACAUGAGUACCUUAGGCGACCGUAUGCAGGAACUACAGCUAUUCACUCCAGAGCCAAGCCUGAACUUAACCUCGCUGCGCCAUGCUAUACGGGACAUUUCGAUAGACAACGGCGGCGUGAGCAGUCGUUCAACUCCAGCCGUAGAACUAACCCCCCCACGGACGUCAGAGUCUACGGCGCUGGGGCGGAGACGGCGCAGUUCCCGCAGUAACAUAGAGACUUACACGGUUGAGAGCGAGGAGCCUCCAAACGAUAGGUUCUACGAGUCGGCCUUCCAGAACGCAUUAUCUACAACAAGGGCGUAUAUGUCCUUGUUAGCCAAGACGCUUGGCAGCAGCAGCUUACAUCAUGGCGUAGACUCGACCAUGCGACAGCUCUUUGAGCAGGCAGAGCGGUUGUCUCAGUUCCAGUGCCCCUCAAGCCGUACUGUGGGGUUUGUGGGAGAUUCGGGUGUCGGCAAAAGUAGUCUCCUCAACUCACUAUUAGAUCGUCGCGAUCUAGCUCGGGCUAGUAACAAGGGGGCAGCGUGCACAUGCGUUGCGACCGAGUACCACUACCACGACAGCCCCAACUACGUCACCGAAGUCGAGCUCUUCACCAUGGACGAGCUCUUCGACCAGAUAACCGAGCACGUACGCUCAUACCGCCACUUCCACCUGCACCAAGACCCCAGCGACCGCCAGGAAACGGAGGAUUUCGAAGAGAAGGCCAACCUCGCCCGAGACUCGUUUCGCGCCAUGUUUCGCCGGCACCGAGUGGAUGCCAGUGUUCUUCUUACUCCGCCGGAGCCCAGAGUCCUGAGCACGUUGAAAGCUUGGGCGAGAGAAGCUGCGCCGUUGAGUAUGAACCGGCGCGAGGUUUGGUCUACCCCUGCGGAAUGCUCUGCUGCGUUGACGCGGCUCACUUCCGACGAUGAUUCUGAGGGCACUUCGGCUGAUCAGGCACCCAUCUGGCCUUAUAUUAAGAAGAUCAAGGUACAUCUAAACGCCCACAUCCUCAGCAAGGGCCUCAUCUUAGUCGAUCUUCCCGGUCUUCGGGAUUUGAACUCUGCUCGGCGCCAUAUAACUGAACGAUACCUCCUUAGAUGUGAUGAGAUAUUCGCCGUCUGUAACGAAGGACGAGCAACUACUGACGAGGGCGUGAAGAAAAUAUUCGAAUUAGCCAUGAACGCAAGGCUAACCAACGUCGGUAUCAUCUGUACCAAGUCAGAUGACGUAAAACCCGACGAAGCCAAGAAAGACUGGAAAGGCCAAAAGGCAGUCACGAUCCAAAAGAUGAUGGACGCUGUCGCCACAGCCGCGCGAGAAGUUGACAACAUCAGGCAGGAGUUAUGCGAGUUGGAUGAGAUUGAGGAGGACGGCGAGAUUGAAUUGACCGAGGAGGAAAAGGAUGAACAAGUGCGACUGAACCGUAGGCUGAGGAAGGCUGAGGACUGCUUGGAUGACUGGUCGUUCCAGCUAAAACGCUACAUAAUGAACCUCCGCAACGACGACGUCUCGCGGCGCCUCCACUCCCAAUACCACGACAAGCUCCCCCCUCCCCACGGGAACCUCAGCGUCUUCUGCGUCAGCAACCCGCUAUACUGGGCGUACCGCCACACCGCCCUAUCCAAAGCGCUGCCCCGCAUCCAGCUGAGCGGGAUCGCGCAGGUGCGCGCGCACUGCAUGGGCAUCGUGUCGGAGAGCCAGUACCGCGCGGCGACGGACUACAUGCGCGGCGACAUCCCCGCGCUGCUCGGCGAGGUCGCGCUCUGGGUGCAGUCGGGGUCCGGGUCGACGAGCGCGGAGCGGAAGCGGGCGAUGCGGGAGGCGGUCGACGCGCUGGAGAGGAGGCUGAGGCGUGAACUAACCGGAAACGCUGCCGAGGUCAACGAGGUCGAAGCUUUGUUCAAGCGGGAGUUCCGCGAUAGGAUAUAUCAGAGGCAUCAGCAUCGCAUCGUGGCCUGGAGCACAGCUGCUGCAGAUGCUUGUCAUGAGUGGCAUGGUUGGGCUCACCAGACAUACUCCGCGUUUUGCCGCAAGUACGGCACAUAUUGCACGAAAGCAGCCGGGUACCACAACUGGAACGAAGAGAUAGUGCAAACCAUGAGCGCAGACCUGCGCGUUCCGUGGCGAAUCUUCCGAGUGUAUCUUAAACGCGAGAAUGAGAAGUUGACGGAUCACAUCACCGACGUGAUGAAUGAUUGCUUGGAGUUUUUAGGUAUGCGUAUAGGGCGCAAGAAAAAAAAAAGGGGGGGGGGGGAAUAUGUCAAAGAGCUCGUCGACUAACAGCAUCGCAGACGAAGAGUUACCAGAACUACCAGACUCCUCCUCCGACUGGGCCACGACGCUCAACGAAACCCUGUCGUCUCGCAAGCGCCUCCUAGUCGUGGAUAUCGAGGCGCUCUACGAAGCAUUUAAGAAAGACCUCGACACGCUCGGAACAGACGCUCUCUCCAACAUACGUACCUCUUUCAUCGGGAAGGCGAUGGAGGACGCGUACCGAGCCAGUAUCUACGAAUCUGGUAAGUUUUUUUCUCUUUUUAUAUAGAAAAGAAAAGCCCCAUACCAACCCCCUCCCCAUAGGCACCGGCAGCGACGCCCGGCGCAAAGCGCACAUCGGGCGCGCCGUGCGUCGGGAAACCCUCUUCCCGGACCUCCUCAAAGAAUUCCGCAAAGAUUUCAACACCCUCGCGACAAAACUACAACGAAACAUCCAGAGGGUCGUGCAAGCGCACCUGCAGCACAUCCGGGCGACGCUGGACUUGGUGCGGAACGAGAACGUGGCGUUGGAGAGCGAGAGCGACCCGGAGUUCCGGGCGCGGGUGGCAAAGGGGGUGGCGGCGGUGAGGAGGGCGAUGGAGAGUAUUUGGGAGGAUCUUGAUGUUGCCGAAGAAGAAGAAGAAGAAGAAGAAGAAGAAGA